CGUCAUUUCCUUAAUGUAAAACGGAAACUGGCCCGUCCACGAAUUUGAGAAAAUCUUCGAGCGGUGAUGCUUGGACGAAUAAAUAAUCAUAUAACCUAAGAGAAAUACUAAAGAAUUGUUUUCAGUAGCUAAAUUUUUUAUAGCACUAUCGACUGGAGGUCCACGACAAUGUCUGCCCAAGCUCAAAUGAGAGCUUUGCUCGACCAGCUAAUGGGAACAGCGAGGGAUGGUUCAGUGUAUCUUUGCCAGCCUACAUCAAUCUGCAAAGGAGUUGCAGAAAAGCCUCAUGUUCAUCGAGCCGUGAGUCACACAUAAUUUUUAAAGCUGUUAUGAUGAAUAUCCAAACAAUUUGUUUGCCUUCCGGAAGUUAUUGUAGCCUUUUUGUAAUCACACAAAUGGGUAUAUCUUCAGUGGCAAUAGAAUUGCAAUUUGGAUUAAUACUAUGCAGCUUGAGCUAAAACGUCUGGUCGCGCUGAAUCCAAACGUGCAGUUUUCCAUUAGACGUCUGUUAUCAGAAGGCAAUUUUAGCAGUCUUCGAAACAAAAACUUUGCACACAUCGUUUACAAUCUGACUUGUGUAUGACUCCCAACUUCUUACUACAGGUAUGGGCAAGAAAACUGUUCCCAUUUAUACUUUUCUACAGCGGGUUUAAAAUUCUGCUGCUGAGGUCUUGAAGAUGCAGAAGGGUACAGUAUAUGGUGCAGAUCGCAGUGUGUAUAAACUAAAUUUUUUUUCUUGGAUUUCUUUUGUAUUUUUGUUUUGAAUUUCCUCUCAAUGUUUCUUAUUUGUAAAAGGCUUGGCUGGAACAUUUGUCUGACAUGUUUACAUUUAUUGUCACAAUCUUAACAGCCAAUUGUGUUGCAGUCUAAAGAACCCUUCAAAAUAAAGGUAGCUCUGUUCACACCAGUUAGCAUCAAGAAUAUAGUUAUUCUCUAGGAUCGUGCCCCUUUUAGCCUAAUCUCGUAAUACUCCACAUUUAAAGAGUGGACACUGAGCCUUGUCACAAGUUAAACUGAUUUGAGGCUCUAAUAUAGCCACUUUUUAUUGAGGCUUGGGUAAGGUAAGCACCAGGAAUAAGAGUAAGGUCCACAUGUAUGCACACAUGUAACUUUUACUUCAGUCUUGACACAUACGUAGAUAAUUAAAAAUGGUCUAAGCAUGUUAUUCUAAUGAAGUAAAUGCAAAACUUUGACAAUCAAAUAUAAGACUUGGUUUUCCCUCUUGUAGGUGGGCACAAAAUGCUUGAAUGCAGAUAUAGUGACACAUCUGCCCAAUGAAUAUCGUGCAUUUACAGUAUUGUAUACUAAAGCACUGGAUACUUCGCCCCUGCUAACAAGUAUGUGAGGUCUUUCUCACUGGUUGUUCUUUGGAUUGUUUCAGGGGAUGAGACGCGACAGAGGGUCAAGUUCACUGAUGAGCGUGUCUGCAAAAGUCACCUUCUGAACUGCUGUCCUCAUGACAUCCUGUCUGGAACGCGCAUGGACCUGGGAGAGUGCACCAAGAUCCAUGACCUGGCACUUCGAGCAGAUUAUGAAAUUGCCUCCAAGGAGAGAGAUCUGUUCUUCGAGCUUGACGCGGUGGAUCACCUGGAGUCAUUCAUUGCUGACUGUGACCGGAGGACAGAAUUAGCCAAGAAGCGUCUGGCUGAAACCCAAGAGGAGAUCAGUGCUGAGGUGGCAGCGAAGGCAGAGAAGGUUCAUGAGCUGAAUGAGGAAAUCGGGAAGCUCCUGGCCAAGGCUGAGCAGCUUGGAGCUGAGGGCAAUGUUGAUGAGGCCCAGAAGGUCCUGCAGGAAGUUGAGAAGGUUCGCACCAGGAAGAAGGAUGCUGAGGAAGAGUACAGAAACUCCAUGCCGGCUUCCAGCUUCCAACAGCAGAAGCUUCGGGUGUGCGAGGUGUGCUCUGCUUACCUCGGUCUCCAUGACAAUGACCGUCGUUUGGCCGACCAUUUUGGUGGGAAGCUUCACCUGGGCUUCAUCCAGAUCAGAGAGAAACUGGACCAACUGAAAAAAACCGUGGUUGACAAACAGGAGAAAAGAAACCAGGAGCGCUUAAAGAGACGAGAAGAGAGGGAGAAAGAGGAAAGGAUGAGGAAGAGGACCAGAUCACGGAGCAGAGAGCAUAGAAGGUCCCGUUCUCGUGACCGCAGAAGGAGACGCUCACGCUCCUCAUCACGAGACAGGCGCCGUUCGCGCUCGCGCUCCAGGGAGAGGAGGAGGAGGCACCGCAGCCGAUCCCGCUCUCGCAGCCGAGGACACCGUCACAGCCACGAACAGAGCUCCAAACACAAGUCGUCCAGGGACAGGGAGCGCUCGUCCAGAGACAGGUCACGGGAGCGAGACAGACGGGACGGUAUGAACGGCAGGUCAGACUCCCGCCGGGCAGAUGACAGGGACAUGGGGGACCUCUGAAGACCAAAUUCAGCCAUCACAGCACACAACCUCCUCCUGUCUCUCUCACCUGUCUGUCCAUCCAUUCAUAAUAACCUAAUGUUACUCACAGUCCUUGCCUUGAACCGUUCGCUUUCCCGCCUGACUCCUUUUUUUUGCUUUGACAGAUAACGCAGCCGACCCAGAGCGUACCUGAAAUAUUGUAUGGAUUCAGUUGUCUUGCAUCGAUCAAUAGUGGAGUGUACUGUGAUACAUCUGUAACUUGGUGGCUGUUUGCAUCCAAUACAUCUCAUGUGUUCUUAUAAACUACCCUAGAGAGAUUCCAAGCGAAAAAGUAAACAAAUGGAUGGUCUGCUGGACUGAAGUGUAAAAUGUAACUGAUCCGCAUUCUUUUAUUAUUACCCGACUUUUUUUUUGAUACAGAAUCUGUCUGUAAAUAUGUUUUGGGCCCACUGACUGUCAUUGUCUGGAAGGCCUCAUCCCAUAGUUUGCUUUUUUUUCUCCUCUGUCCUUAUUAGAUUUCUUUCCUGCCAGUAAACAUUUGUUGUUGUGCAGCUUGAGUGCAGUUCUUGAAUGUCUGUCUGCAUUUACUUAGUUUGCUAAAGCCCAGUCAAAGUGUGAGAAACCCAGUUCAAAACCAACAGGUUUUAAAGUUGCAAAUAUUUGUAUCAACCUUAUUUCUUCCAUCGUCCACUCAUUACUUUUGACUAAUCCAGUUUUAUUUUGUUAUCAUUAGUGAAGGGCGUUUGGCCAGUUUAAGUAAAUGCUUGUUUUGAAGUUUUUUUUGUUUGAUAAUUUGUUUCUAUCCUGAUUUUGUUUAAAAUAAUGAAAAUAAACGAUAACUUCAAACUUAGUGUCAGCAUGUGAAACAGUAGGCUCAGAAAUGAUACAUCGGAAAUUCACUGCUAUGUAAGACUGUACAUACCUUUUUAUUAGUCAAGUCAUAAAAUUUAAAUCUUGGCCCAAUUUGGACAGAUUCCCUUGUGAAUAGGUUUAUAAUUGCAAACAGCUUUUAAUGGAUGCAUUUCUUUAACCUAGUGUGUGAAGUCAUAUCUGUUUAUGUUCUGCUGGAAAUCUUUUCUUUAAAGUCUCAAUAAAAAAAAAAAACUCACCAUUUUAAA